AUGAAUAAUUCCAAUCACAGAGUGGUCCGCACACCAAAGGGAGGAGAGAAUGGUCUCAAGAUCAAGAAAAAUGGAACAAGAUCAAAGAAGAUACGGGAUCCUAUCCAAAACAGCGGGAAUGGUGGAGGACAGCCUGAGCCACAGGACCAUGUCCAUAUUUCUUCUCAAAGAUCCACGCGUGCUCAUCCUCGGAAUUUCUCAGACGUAGUGUCUGGAAAGGCUUCGAACUUGUCAAUCACCAAGUCUGGCGGAAUCGAUGGGGACAAAACUACCGUGCAGUACGGAAGACAGAAUCAUGGCGAUGUGUAUGUUAAUAGACGUCAAACCAGUGAAUUUCGGGGAAAGGAGAUUUCAACAUCGGAGGAAGAUUGGCGCGACUUUCCUCUUCCUAAGUCGACAACCACUCCCUAUCAACGCUCUACUUCCAGGCGCGAAUCAGUUGGAAUUUCAGAGCCGGGCUGCUGGGUCCGAGAUACGGCUCGCUCUGACGACACCCCGGGUUCGACUCAGAGAGAUUCAACUGGCAGAAGCAAGGGGAAACAUGACAAGCAGACGCAGACUUUGGUGGUCAAGAGUGAACUGGGAACCCGACCCUUCAGGUUUGACGACUAUGAUCUCCGCCUGCGUUGUUGGAAACCAGACUGCGGCAAAAUGACAAGUUGCUGGGAUUGUUCUGUUGUCAUCUGCCCCGGGUGUGGGCCGGAUAGCUACGUGAGAUAUUGCAGCAGUCAACAUCUCUACGACGACAUUCAAUAUCACUGGGUUUAUCAUUGUGGAAAACACGGCAUUACCGAUACGAUCGAUCGCACUACGAUCCGCCUUUAUCAAAAUCCUCCUCGUCCAUAUAUCGUUAACGAAGGCUUCAACUCAAUCGAAAGACAUCGACAAGCAGUGUAUCGAUCACUGGAACCAGGUGACUUCUUCCUAUUCGACGAUGCCGGUCUACUUAAACCAGAUUUCAUUGAGCCAACACGAGAAGAAUGGAAUAUCAAGCGCGGAACAGGCCCAUGCGUCCUCCAGUUAUUCUUCCCUGACGACAUGACGGAUCAGUCCAUGCGACAUGUGUUCAACACCGACAUCUUCGAGUGUCUAGGAUUUGGGGGUCCUCGAGCAGCAAAGAGCUGCCUACGUGCUUUGCAUCUAAUCCGGGAGUCAUUGAUCCUAUCAGGUAAUUGGACCGAACAGGCGCUGGACUUGUUGUGCUUACAGGUUGCGGGAGAAUGGGGUGGCUUCAAAGUUCCAGAAAGCUUUUACAAUGUCGGAGAAGCAAAUUUGGCGUGGCAGACACAGGGCACACUGCCACCGACACCUUGACUCUGUGAUUCUCUUGCGGCUUGCACACUGAGAGAUUGGGUUGGUUUUGACACUCGUUGUUUGGAU